GUUAUCAAUCAAUCGUAUUAGAUACAUAGUUUUGUCAUUCAGCAGUUGCAGAGCGCAUUUAAACAUGAUUUAAAUAUAACACCUUGCCUUUAGCCUUUGUCAUCUGAUGAGCAUUUCUCCAUAAAUUACUCUAAAUUUUCAUCAGUUGUUCGCCUUGUUGGCCUCCUUAAUAAAAUUCUUCACCUUCGGCCUCUUCUUCUUCACCUUUGGUCUCUAAGUCUCUCGUACCGUCUGGCAUUGUAUAUCUAUAUGUUACCUACUACCAUCAUAUCCUGGCACUACGACUGGGUUUUUAGAAUAGAGAUCUCGAAUGGUCUCAGAGCGUCAAAGAUGUUGUAUGUUAUUAAUCAAUCGUAUUAGAUACAUAGAUUUGUCAUUCUGCAGUUACAUAGUGCGUUUAAGCAUGGUUUAAAUGUAACACCUUGCCCUUGGUCUUUAUCAUCUGAUGGGCAUUUCUCUAUAAAUUACUCUAAAUUUUUAUCAGUUGUUCGCCUUGUUAGUCUCCUCAAUAAAAUUCUUCACCUUGGGCCUUUUCCUUGUUCUCUAAGUCUCUCACGCUUUAUCUUUAUGUUACUAGAUAUCUAUAUCAAUCAGUGGUUACUCAGUCAGUCAUCAGUUAGUCACUUUUGCCAUCGGGUUGUCCAUCCACUGUAGUAGGUGGCCGCUUUUAUUACAGAGUCGGAGGUGACGUAACAACAUUAACCACGUCAACAACAACAACAACAAGAAGAAGAACGGCCACAAACAAGAGUCAGAGCGUGGUCAUGCCAGAGCGACCGGCGGGCGAACGUUGCCCCUCCUCCAAACGCCCACUUCCACUGACCCUGCAUAAUUACCUUAAUAACAACAACCAGAUAAGACAAAAUGGCCAAUAUGACUCAUAGUCAGACUGUCCCUCAGCGGAAAAUCUACGUUAAAGACCUCAACCCCUAUAUCACGUGCAAUUUGUGUAAUGGAUACCUCAUAGAAGCCACCACCUUGGUAGAUUGUCUUCAUGUUUUUUGUAGGGCGUGCAUUUUACGCUACUUCGAGAACUCAAAGAUGGGUUGUCCCAUGUGCAACACCGUCUACAAAAAGAAGAACUUCCCUUGCUUCAGGCCCGAUCCCAUAAUGCAGUCGCUGGUGUACAAAUUGGUUCCUGGAUUGUACAGCAAAGAGGUUCAGCGGAGAGACGACUUCUACCGCAGCACGGCCAUCCGAGCCAGCAGUUCGUGUAGCGAAGACAGCGUGAUUGGCGAUCUCAGUCAAGAACACGAAGAAUGGAUGACUACCAACGUGGACGACCAGUUCCAGUACUUCAGCCCGGAUGACUCAAUAUCGCUCUCCGUGGAAUAUUACCAACCCCAUUUGGAUCAAAACGCGAACCGCGAAGACGCCCCGACGCAGAGCAGAACUAGCCCUAGUGGUAGUGUUCAAAGUGUAACCGAACCAAAUGUGAUUAAUAAAUUGAUUGUGAGUGACGGUUGUACGAACGGUUUAAAAACGGGUAACGAAGACGGUGAGGUUGUUGAGUGUUCCGGCGUGGAAGACAGUCAGAAGGCAAAGACCGUUAUAGAUAUUGUGCCAAAAAUUGAGGACGGUUGUACUAAAAGUGAUGCGGGUGAAAGUGACAAAGACGGGAGGAAAGACAAGAGAUAUUUGCAAUGCCCGGCGGCUGUAACCAUGUCCAUUCUCCAGAAAUUCGUGAGGAUGAAAUAUGCACUCAGUUUAGAGCAUAAGGUUGACAUUAUCUACAAUGGCGAAGUUUUACCCCAGUAUUUCAGUCUAAUGGAUGUUGCGUACACCUUCAAGUGGCAAAGGUUAAAACCGAUGCGAUUUUAUUAUCGCAUUUUCACCCCGAUCCGAAUCAAAAUUAUCAAAACUACCUCGAACGGCGAGAAACAGUUGCAAGUCGUAUCGGUUAAUCAGAAUAAUCCCAACAGCAAUGAGAAACAUGAAGGUCUCGACGAGGACCUCAAAACGGAUUCCGAUGCUGAAAUGCAAAACAAUAUAAACAAAGAAAAUUUAUUGGCCCAGUUGAAUCUGAAAAGCAAAGCCAAAAUCGAACAAGAGCAACAGCAGCUAGCGUCGGCCAACUUGAAAAAUUUGAGCUUGAAAACAAUGAAUCCGAAAGGAUCCGUUUGUCUUAAAGACGCGAUCUCGAAGUCCAAAGAUUUGAAAGAUUUAAAGAGCGUCAACUUUAAAGAAACUUAUUCCGGUGUUACAAAUUCCAAAAUUACAAAGACUCCUAAAGAAGUCACCCUUAAAGUAGAAACCAAAUCAUUUAUUCCAUCAGAGAAUAGCGUGAAAAUCGACAGAUUAAAAAAAAUAUAUGAACCAGAUGAUAUUGACCAGAAACUGUCUAAGCUUUAUGAGAACCACAAGGAAUCUAAAAAGCUGGACCAAAUAAAAAGUCCCAAACACAACAACCAUUACGGUAACAAGGAUCUCAAACUUAUUUACUCAAAAGCUAACUCCGUAGAAACGAAACCCCCUAGGGGUUCCGAGGACAACUGCAUAUACGAAUACGAAGAAAGAGAUGAAGACGAGAUACGAAAAUUCGCAGAGAAACGGGACAGAGAAUGGGCUUUACAAAAACAGAAAGACGAAGAGGAAGAGAAGUACCGUUCGAGUAAGAAACGUAAAAAAUCCAAGCAUUCUAAAAACGAUUUCGCACAUAAAAAGAGGAAACUCCAUGCCGAAAUCACCUCCAACGAAUCCCUCAACAAGGAAGAACCCCUGAAGCUCAAAGUGAAAUUGACCCCCCACAACGGUCACAAACAUAAACACCACAAAAACUACCAGAACAAUUCGCCAUCAUCAGAGCCCACCAGUCCCAAGCCAUCAUCCGAACUCAGCUCAAAGGAGAAACUGCUACAAAUGCGUCAAGUACGCCACAAGAACAUCACGGCGGAAAAAGACAAACAAAGAGACCAGGAUAUGAUACCUUAUGUUUCCGAAAGCAACGUUUCGGACAAAUCAACCCAAUCAGAGAACAAGGACAAAGAUCCCGAACCCAAAGUGACCUUCCACGCCAAACCAACAACAAAUCAAGCGAUAGACAGAAAAGUAUACGGCAAUAAGAAUAUUGUUGCACAAACCAAAACAAUGGAAACGAGCGGGACGCAAACGGCCAACAAUAACAACAACAACAACAACAAUAAUAAAAUGAAAGAUAUUCCGGCAGGAACUGGAACCACUACAACUCCUAAAAACGAAACCUUGAUCACCGGCAAGACUUUGCGAAGCGACUUUCCCAUUAAAACAAAUGCAAGCCAAGAAUUGAACACCACGAGGUAUCCUACGGUGCAAUUGGAGCGCCACGAACAAGCUGAAAGGCAAGUUCAAAAGACUUAUUUAAAGACGUUCCAGUCUUACACCGAAAAACUCGCCGAAAGCGUUGCUCAGAAGGCCGACAUGUCUAAAAUGAUGUUCCAAAAUCGAAUCUCACAAUCGCAAUCGCAAUCGUCAACGCACAACAACAAAUCACCGUUGGAACGUAAAAUUGCCAAUUUACAUCAACAGUACAGUUCUGAAAAUAAACCCAAACAACAACAACCUCCUGGAGGUAAAAUAUCCGUUCCGGAAAAACCUCAGACCCUCCUCAAUUCCCAAUACCAGACGGGCUUUACUGUUAGCAAAAUCGAAGCUGGAACCAAGAGGAAACUAGAAACAGUCCAUGACGAACAAGACAAACGUCCCAGCCUGGAAAUAACUCUCAUAAAUCCACCUGUCACGAACAAUUCACCUUCGCAAAUGCAAAAGUCCAAAUCCACGACGACAGAAGCGAAACCCGGCAUGAAACGGCCACCACCGGCAACGAUACCAUUGGAAAGGAUUAAAAAAUCGAGUAACCUAAAAUCAGGCAUAAGCAUCAUCCCGAAAAUCCCCGAAAGCCAGGGUCCUUUAGAUCUGUCCAGUUCCUGCAAACACCCGGAUACGUUCCUAAACAGGCCAAACGGAAGUACAGGGUCAUCCGCAAGUCCAAAAGUCCAACAACCCACCAGCAGUCCCAAGAACACAACUGUAGCACAGGAACGAGUCAAAACAUCAACGUCUGAUAAAAAUAUUCAACUGUCAAACUUGCAAAUGUUAUCCAAAGUAGCUUUGGAACAUUCGAACAUUAACAAGAGCCCGGUUCCGACUCUUCUGAAUAUAAGUAAGAAACCCCCGAUGCCGACGCUUCAGACCAUCAGAAUACCCAUGCCCAACCAGCAAAACAUGACGGCGACGAAAUCACCCAACCUGGCCAGGCUGCCAAAGCUGACCGAAAUAAACAAGAGCACGUUCCGAAUGAUGAGUCCCCAGAUGAGGAACAUGCGUCCCAAUCAAAACCAGAACAUCAGGAGCAUUCCGAAUCCCAGUUUGUUGGUGAGACAGCAAAAUCAGAAUCGACUGAAUUCGAUGAGUUCCGCCCAGAUUGGAAACGGCGACGGCGUCGAGGACGGUAGCAAAACAAACGCCACCGAAAACAACAAAAUCACGGACCAAAACGAAAAAAAGAACGACGACGAGAAGAAAGAAAAGGAACAAAAGUCUGACAAUAGCGAAAAAAAAGAUAACAAUAGCGAAACAAAUGCACCUAAAGUCGACGAUAGCAAUAAAGCGACCAGUUAACAUACAAACGACCGUGCAGGUUAAACGUUUUUACACUUCUACGCGUUUGUUUUCCUUUUUUUUUGUUAUUACUUACUUAGGUGUUUUUUCAGUUUUGUAAUCUCUUAAUCACCUGAUUAAAUCGUGCAAAUAAUGUUUGCUGUUAAUGUGAUAUAGGUACAAGUAUACAUACAUACAUGCCUAUUUUAAUUGUACAUAUCCGUUUUUCGUUUUAAUCUAAAUCACACGAUAAUAAGAACGCAAGUCACUCCCAAUACGAGACUGUUUAAUUUUAUUCCAAUAGCUGAAAAUCGGUGGUAAACUGUUUAUUAUCUAUCUAUCUAUCUAUUUACCCCUUGUAGCACACGGGGUGUAGAUAGCUAAUAAAAGUGAAAGAAUUUUUUUGUCUCCUACUUUUUUCUGUUUCUAUAAUCUGCAAAUAGAGAUGUUGUAAUCGUAAUUUUAUCCACUUAACAUUGUAAAUACGAUGAAUUACAUAAAGAUAUAUGUAUAUAUCUAAAUAAUACUUACAUAAAUACACAAGGUGAUUCGCCACAGAUCUGCUAGAUAACGGGGUAAAGGUCUAGAUGAUGGAAUCGAAAGGGGAGGUCUCUCCCAACACUGUACCAUAAAAAGUUAGGGGGUUAGAUGAUGGCCCCCAACCCCCGAAGGGGGUGGGGGUAGGGGGGAUUGAA